CCUCCAAGUCCCCAAGACUCCAGACCUCCAACUAUUGAUAUAUUUGUAAAUGAUGAACCUGGAGAACUAAAGGAACAUAUUGAAUAUGUGGAGAUUAAUGAUGAUAUCGGAGUAUUGGAGGAUGAUAUAGUUUGUACAGAUAUCUCUGAAGAUAUUAAGAUUGAUGUAGAAGAUGUUAUAAACUGUGAUGUAAAGCCAGGAGAUAAACUAACAAAGAGUUCAGAAACCCCUGUUGAAAAAAUAGAUGAAAACACAUUAAGCAAGAAACUUGGUCUUACUGUCAAGAGAGUUAGGUCUAAAGAUCCCUACUCAUGUCCUUUAUGUAAAUUCCAAACCACCUCUAAACUUAAAUUGAGCAAGCACAAAGCUAGUGAACAUAAAAGGAUUUUACCACAAUGUGCUCAAUGCGGAUAUUCAGCUCAGAAUUUAAAGGAGUUGAGAAAACAUGUUAGAGAUAAUCCUGCCUGUACAAUAAAUCCAGUUAAAGAACAGAAAGCUGUAAGAUCCGUGAAGAAAAAAGGGAAACCAAAAGAUCAAACAGAAGAUUUAGCGAGUAAAGAGAAUUCAAAAUAUCUGUGUGAUCAGUGUGAAUUUACUACAAGGCUACCAACAUAUCUGAAGCUUCAUAUGCAGGCUGCUCAUGAAAAUAUUCGGUAUCCCUGCCAUCUCUGUGAUUAUAAGGCGACACGAAAAUUCUGUUUGAAAGCACACAUAAACUCUGUGCAUAAUGGAAUUUUUUUCAAAUGUGAUCAGUGUGAAUAUAAAGCACAAUAUAAAUUUACUCUCAUAGACCACAAAAAACGAAUGCAUGAGGAUGAUAAACUCUUUCAAUGUGAUGCUUGUGAAUUUCGUUGUACUAUUUUAAAGGAAUUAAGAAAUCACAAACAAAGUAAGCACGAAGGUGUUACUUAUCCCUGUACACAGUGUGAUUAUGUAGCACCCUGGCGUCAAGGUUUGACAAGACAUAUUAAAAAGUUCCAUGAAAAUCUUGUUUAUCCCUGUAAGCAUUGUGAUUACACUAGCACCUGUAUAUCUACAUUCAAAAUACAUGUUGAAACUAAGCAUCUUGGUAUAAGAUAUCACUGUGGUAUUUGUGAAUCCAAUUUUGCCAGCAAGAGUGCAAGAGCUUCCCACAGAAUGAAGAAGCAUGGUGCAAAGAGAUAAUUACUAUUUCAAAUACAUUUGCCAUUUUCUCUUAACAUUCAACAGGUCAUAAGUAUUCUCAAGCCCCAGCUCGUAUCCUUGGUUAUUUAGCAUAUUCAAAAAAAUAUCUAUAUUUUUUUUUAAAUUGCCUUUUAUUUUUUUACGGUAAUUUAAGAAGUACAAAUUAAUAAAAGA